AUGGCGGCGGCGGCGGCGGAGUGGGACAGCCGGAGCGAGGCGAGCCCCGCCGGGGACUGGCCUCCGGCGGCCGCCGCGUCCCCGGUAAAGGGGAAGGCGGCGCUGCCGGAGUCGGAUGCGGGCGCCUCGGUGUCGGGCUCGUCGGAGGCCAAGGUCGACGACGGCAACAUCCAGGAAGCGGAGUCGUCGCUCCGCGAGGGCCUCUCCCUCAACUACGAGGAAGCUAGAGCUCUCCUCGGGAGACUGGAAUAUCAGAGAGGCAAUGUGGAAGCUGCUCUGCGAGUAUUUGAUGGAAUUGACCUUCAAGCUGCUAUUCAGCGCUUCCAACCAUCUCUUUCUGAAAAACCACUCUCGAAGCGAAAUAACAAAUUACGGUCAGGUUCAUCAAAUUCAGGAUCACAGCAUGCUGCUAGCCUUGUUCUUGAAGCCAUUUACUUGAAAUCAAUGUCUCUCCAAAAGUUGGGCAAGGCAAUGGAGGCUGCUAAACAGUGUAAAAGUGUCCUUGAUGCUGUUGAAAGUAUCUUCCAAUGUGGCAUACCUGGUGUUAUGGUUGAACAAAAGCUGCACGAAACUGUCAGUAAAUCUGUUGAGCUUCUCCCAGAACUUUGGAAGCAAGCUGGGGCCUAUCAAGAAGCACUUGCUUCAUACCGCCGUGCUCUUCUAAGUCAAUGGAAUCUCGAUGAUGAAUGCUGCACAAGGAUUCAGAAGAGAUUUGCUGUUUUCUUGUUGUACGGUGGUGUAGAGGUGGCCCCCCCGAGCUUGGCUUCACAAACUGAAGGUUCAUUUGUUCCUAGGAAUAAUUUGGAAGAGGCAAUCCUAUUGCUCAUGAUACUAUUGAAGAAGUGGUUCCUUGGGAAGACACACUGGGAUCCAUCUGUUAUGGAGCAUUUAACUUUUGCAUUGUCACUAUGUGGCCAGACAUCUAUUCUUGCCAAGCACCUCGAAGAGGUUUUACCUGGAAUAUACCCUCGAACUGAGAGAUGGUAUAGUCUAGCGUUGUGCUAUUUUGCAGCUUCUCAUAAUGAAACUGCAUUAAACUUGUUGAGAAAAUCUUUGAAUAAGAACGAGAGUCCGAAUGACAUAAUGGCCCUUCUGUUAGCUGCCAAGAUAUGCAGUUCCAGUUAUCUUCUUUCUUCUGAGGGUGUAGAGUAUGCAAAGAGAGCAGUCAAAGACGCUGAAUCAUCAGAUGGCCAUUUAAAGAGUGUGGCCCUCCAUGUUCUGGGGAGUUGCCUGUCCAAGAAGUCUAAGGUUGCUUCAUCUGAUCACCAAAGAUCUCUCUUGCAGACUGAGGCUUUGAAGUCACUUAAUGAGGCAAUUUCUCUUGACCAUCACAACCCAGAAUUAAUAUUUGACAUGGGGAUUGAGUAUGCUGAGCAGCGGAACAUGCAUGCUGCCUUGAAAUGUCUGAAGGAGUUCAUUGAUGCAACUGGUGGAUCUGUCUCUAAAGGUUGGAGGUUGCUAUCGUUGGUUCUUUCUGCACAACAAAGGUAUUCGGAAGCUGAAGUUGUGACUGAUGCGGCAUUAGAUGAGACCGCGAAGUGGGAACAAGGGCCAUUGCUUAGAAUAAGGGCUAAAUUGAAGGUUGCUCAAUCAUUGCCCAUGGAAGCAGUUGAAGCAUAUCGCACCCUUCUUGCUCUUGUUCAGGCACAACGAAAGGCUUAUGGAUCUGCCAAAAAUGGCACAGAGGAUGACGAGGAUAAAGUGAGCGAAUUUGAAGUUUGGCAAGGUCUUGCCAACUUGUACUCUAGUCUUUCCUAUUGGAGAGAUGCAGAGAUUUGCUUACAGAAGGCUAAAGCCCUCAAAACAUAUUCUGCAACAACCCUUCAUGCAGAAGGUAACAUACAUGAGGUGCACGAGAAGACACAGGAUGCGCUGGCUGCAUACUUCAACGCCCUCUCUAUGGAGGUAGAGCAUGUCCCAUCCAAGGUCUCUAUCGGUGCCCUCCUCUGUAAACAAGGGCCCAAGUUCCUACCUGUGGCGAGGUGUUUCCUCUCAGAUGCCCUAAGGCUCGAACCCACAAACCGAAUGGCUUGGUUCUACCUGGGGGAGGUUCACAAGCAGGACGGCAGGCUAGCUGAUGCCGCGGAUUGCUUCCAGGCGGCCUCAAUGCUUGAGGACUCGGACCCUGUAGAAAGUUUCAGAUCACUCUGA